AUGGGCUUCUCCAAGAUCAGCUUCUCGCUUCUCGCAGCAGCAGCCAGUACGGUUGUUGCUGUCGACCCAUGCAUAUCAACAACCUCCUGGAAUGACUCUCGACUUGAUCUGUUCCCACUUGCGUCAGAUGGUUCCAUCGCGCACAAGUUCUGGACAUGGCUGGACUGGGAACCCGUGGACAAGUUCGAGCCUUUCCCAUCGCAAGCACGCAGCUGCCCCUCCGUCUCGACCUGGGGAGAAGGUCGUCUCGAUGUUGUCUACAUCAACAGCUCCAGGGUCAACAGUUCCGGGGGUAAUGUACUGCACAAGUACUUCAGUGGCGGUAGCUGGGGACCCUCGUGGGAAAACGCGGAGGACCUAGGUGGUAACGUUGAUUAUCUGUCCUCUGCCUCAUGGGGAGCAAACAGGCUUGAUAUCGUGGCCAAGGCUAAGAAUGGCUCCUAUGUCCACAAGGCAUGGACUGGAGAUGGCUGGUUCCCGGGGAAAGCCGAGUGGGAGCACCUCGGUUGUGGAUUCUUCAGCAGUCCAGCCAUCGUGUCAUGGGGCAUUGGACGCCUCGACAUCGUCGGUCUCGAUUCGGGUAAUGCUUCUCUCCAGCAUAAGUACUACCAGGACGGCUGUUAUGACGGCUGGUCUGGAUGGGAAGACCUUGGAGGUGGUCCUUUCAUCGGCAACCCAGUAGCGACAUCUUGGGGUGAGGGACGACUUGACUUCUGGGCAAUCAACUCAGCCGGAGAACUGAACCACAUCUACUGGGAUGGUCAUAAGUAUUCGGAAUGGGAGAACCUGGGCGGCGAGUUCACCGAUACGCCCAAGGUGGUACACUGGAAACCAUCCCGUAUCGACAUCGUUGGGAAGGGCCUAGAUGACGACCAGUAUUACGGAAAGUCUUAUGAUGGCUCGGAAUGGCACCCAUCAGGGAACGAAUGGCACAAGCUGGCAGGCCCCUUCAAUUCAGAACCUGCUCUGGUAGCCAAGCACGACACAACUAACAGCACAACUGACUUUCUCUACGUCUUCGGCGUGGACGAGGAUGACGCUGUUCAAAUGAAGAUCUGGUCAGGCAGUUACUGGCAGCCCGAGUCCGAAAAGACAUGGCUAAUGGGGCAUUUGUCUUCUGCCCACCAAGCGAACCUCUUCCAAGAUGACGAGGGCCAGUCAGUUCUCGAGAUGUCAGGUCUCUAG